AUGGAGUGCGAUGAAGUGCUCGUAGUAGCAAAGUGCUCCCAGGAAGGAGGCGCAUUUGACAUGAAGCUCUCUCUCUCCUACUACCACAGCCGCCAAGAAUGCGUUACCACUGCCCUGGAAGCCAUGGAGCCGGAUCCUCGCAACAAGCUUCAUGUUUGGGCUCCGGAAGUGACGGUCUUGGCGGGCUUCGACGAAGUACUAGCCAAGGUCGUCGUCAUCGUACAUGGGCGAGACGACAGGUCCCCUGGGAACGUCUCCGUAGGAGAGAGUCGCAUUGACGGCAGCCGACGGAAGUCGUUGAUGAGGGACUCCUUGCGCGGAUCCGGGGGCCGGGUUCCUCGCCAUCGCUGGCUGGGAAGCAAAUCUACGGCCUCGGCAGAGCGUUUCUGCGAGGGCUGA